UGUACCGUCGACUACCACCUGGUCAGUCUCGUCCAGCGCGCGCACUUGUUUGUUAAAUUUGAACCUUUGUGGUACCGUUUCAUCUGAGGCUUGUAGAACAAGACCCGGAUCUUACAUUCUUCUUUUACAAAAUUAACGUUUUAAUUGAUUGAUUCUUUUUCACAAAAUAAUAUAACAUUGUCAUUGGUCAUUCUUAUUGAUCCGUUAAUUUGACAAUUCAGUGGUAAAACUGUUUAAAAAUAGGAUUUUGUAAGGGUGAUGGUGCAAUGAUUCUGUUACAUCUGGACUAAUGACUUUGAUUUUACAAAGCCGAUAUAUGCGAUAACAAGCGAAGUAAAAACACUAUAUGUCAAGAAAUUAUUUACUUAAAAUACAAGGAGAUUGUGAAUUUACUAGAGACGAUACUUAAAUUGUGAUUGCAUAUAGGAGCCAGAUUGGCCGGGCGCAGAGAGCUGCCUUUUAAUUUGAUGUCAAGAAGAAAUUCCUUCACACAUCAGCUGUGGAAAAUAAUUGUUCCGCCAAGUGCCGUCCUCCUGUACUGACUUUUUGUUUGCUAUGCCACGGAAUUGAGACACAACAACCAGCAAGAAAUGAGUGUCACUAUAUUAUACUCCAAUGUCAGUUCGAGGCUGGAUAUUACACUUCCGGAAAUGAACUUAACAUCGGGUCUUGGCGUCCCUGACAACGGCACCGAUGAAGAAAAGAGACGUAUCUAUGAAUCGUACACUCUAUACACCGUAACCUAUGCCAUGGCCACUUACUACCUCUACGUCAUCGCCGCCUUCGGUGUGCCGGGCAAUGUGGCUAGUAUCUUCACCAUCAUCACACUACCGACUGUCUCGUCCUCCAAGGUCCAUGUUGCAAUUUUAGCUGUAACAGAUACCAUGGCUAUAGUCCUAAAACUUUUAUACCAAGAGUUUUCAGCUCGUGGCCUCUACGUGUCUCUGCCUUUUCACACAAUCAUCUUCUUUCUGAUGGAGUUCUUCACCACUUACGCCAACUGGGUCGUGGUUGCCAUGACAGCCGAGCGCUUCCUGGCCGUCUGCUUUCCUCUCCGUGUUGGCCGGAUGUACACGCGCCGCAAGGCGAUCGUCGUGCUGGCAGGGCUGGCUCUGAUCACAGCGUCCAUCAACAUCUUCCAUUUCUGGGCGUGGGAAGAGCUUUGCGAAGACGGAUUCUGGUAUUACAAGCUGAAGGAUGAGUACAUCGACGUUGUCCAUGGGGCGUUCUAUUACAUCUCCGGCACACAUUCCAUUCUACUCCCUUGCGCCCUCAUCUUCACGGGCAACGCCUUGAUAAUCCUCAGUAUCAGACAAGCCAGGGCGGUGCAGAGGCAUCUGACCAACUCUGUCGAGCAAGGAGGGCGCAAGGCGAAAGAUCAGAGGCAGAUCACUGUCAUGCUGGUGGUGGUCUCCAUUGUGUUUCUACUACUGAACACGCCCAAUGCGUUUCUCUACUUCUUCAAGAAGUACUGGGAGUACGAGCUCUGGUCUUACAGCCACGCGGAGUACUUUUUCACUGCAAGGUUCAUUCAUCUCUUGUUGGACGCAAAUCACGCUGUUAAUUUCUAUCUAUAUUUUUUAAGUAUGUCCAGUUUCCGAAGGCGUUUCCUAGACUCCAUCCGUUGCAGAGGCAAGAUCCGACACCGCCAUACCAUGAGCAGCGUCUACAGAACAUCUCAGACGUACAUCAAUAGCCUGCACCAGACAGGUGGGGGGGACACCUUCGGGCGCCCUGAUGGUCUGGUGUAUAGCGCCUUCAGCAAACGCAACAGCAGCAGCCGAGCGGAAAGCGGCCAGUCGAUCAAACUCACAACCAACGGAGUCAGGAACAGCAACAAUAAUAAAAUAACCAGGUCGCUCUUGAAGAAUGACUCACAACAUUUCGUGACAGCCAACAGCGACCUUUGAAUUCCCCGAGCAAUGUCAUCACAGCUUUAUAGCAGCUAUUUAAAAACCUUUACCAGCCAGAAAUCGUUCAUCAUAAUUUCCUUUACUUUUCUUGUGAUGCGGGAAAGGACAUCCAAAUACCAGCGCUCCUAGGAAUAUAAGCGUAAAAGGAAUCCUCAUGGUGCUCUUGGAUUUUUUACUAUCUGUAAAGAUGGUUGCUGGAAAGUAGUAUUCACAGGGCAAUAAUUGAACUCCAGACCAAGUAACUACAAAAUCACUCAAAUACCAAGGAUGAGGUCAGCGAACGUUAUUAAACUCACAAGAUCGCCAGACUUUCAACUCCAGGGCCAUCUAAAUUUCAGCUCCCAAGACUUCCAAACAUUCAACUCCAGAAACACCAAACAUUCAGACUUCAGCGCCUAAACAAUCAGACUACCAAGUUUAGAACUGCCCAUUUCUUAGGGUUAAAUUAUCUACUUCAAGAUUGUCUAACCACGCCCUCGUGGAUUUACCUUCUUGUGACGCAUAUAAUGCUUAAUGGAUAACGAAGAACGUUUAAAAAUAAUCCUUCCUCAACGUAAUCCUUCAUCAACAUAAUCCUUCAGCAACAUAAUCCUUCCUCAACGUAAUCCUUCAUCAACAUAAUCCUUCAUCAACAUAAUCUUUUAUUGACAUAAUCUUUUAUCGACAUAAUCCUUCAGCAACAUAAUCUUUUAUCGACAUAAUCUUUUAUCGACAUAAUUCUUCAGCAACCUAAUCCUUCAUCAACAUAAUCUUUUAUCGAAAUAAUCCUUUAACAACAUACUCUUUUAUCAACAUAAUCACUUUUCAACAUAAUCCUUCAUCAACAAAAUGCUUUAACAAUAUAAUCCUUUAACAACAUAAUACUUUAGCAACAUAUCCAUUAGCGACAUUAGUCCUUCAGCAACAUAAUUAUUUUGCGACAUAAUUCCAUUCUUCUGGGAGAAUAGUAAAAUGACAUCUCGGAAAUUUCUCGUGACUCUUUCAAAAUAAAAAAAGUCACAGAUCAUUGGAUGUCUAGUUUCAAACUGGAGACAUUGAUAAUGAAACUAGACUAUUUUUUUAAACGUAAUUAUUUUUACUAAUUGUUUUUUUCAAGAGAAUCUCGAUGAGAGAAAAUAUCAUAUUUACUACUGAGAUAAACUAAUGAUGUGUCUUAAUUAAUAUCACAUGUCUGGGGGGUAUCACACCAUUAAUGUGAUACAUUUAAUAGUUUUGAUUUCACUAAUUUAACUCAACCUAUGUGCUGUAGUAUAUCGUCAUACAAAUAUUUAAAACGAAUUGGCAUUUCUAUGUGAUAAGCUGUUAGAAUCUCAUUGUUAUCUCUUGAUGUGUACGCUUAUGUGUGCGUGUGUGGUUUCAAUGGAUAUAUAUCCAUCAUUGAAAUGUUACAGAAAGAUCCAAGGUAUCACAUACAAAGAACGCAUUAAAAAAGAAGAGAAUACAGACAGGAUUAGUGCAGCCAUUGAACCUGCUAACUACUGUCGAAAAACUCAAACUAAAACUCAAUUACCAUAUUACAAGGUCUUCAGGGCUCGCAAAGACCUUCCUUCAGGGAACGUUACCAGGACAAAAAAGGUAGACAGAGAAAACGAGGAGAAGACAACAAAAAAAGAACGGGCCUGCCGUGUAAAAGAGAUUGAUCCAACGCAAAAGACAAAGAUGAACGGAGAAAAACGGUCAACAGAUCUUGUGUGAUGCCUCAACGGUUCAACAGACUAAAAUAGGUGCAUGUAUCAUUAAAAUACAUAAUAAAAUAAUCAUUGUCGGAAAUGUUAUAUGCCCGUAACAUACCCAGGUCUUUGUCUGACAAUGAUCCUUUAGACGCCAUGUGAGUGCGAGUGGAUGAAAUAGUGAGAGCUAUGCAAGAUAGUUUGAUAUAUUUUGUUUCUUUUAGAAAGCAAGUAAAGAUGACAGAAAAUGAAUCAUUUCAUUUUAGCUGUGUUUUUUUGUGUGCCAGUGACAUUAUCAUUACAAGGUCCUAUUGUCAAUAUCUUUUAUUGCCUUUACAACUUAGCUGGUAACCAUUGUGAAUUUUCAUAAAAAGUUUGAAGAUUGUUAAUUUACUUUUUGGCUUUUUUUUUAAACAAUAAAUUCAGAUAGAUAAAAAACUAAAAACAUUUUGAUUAAUCUUAAUUUAACAUUCAAGCUUAAUCUUAAUUUAACAUUCAAGCUUGAUCUUAAUUUAACAUUCAAGCUUAAUCUUAUUUUAACAGUCAAGCUUUUGAAACCACACAGGGGUAAUAAGUGUGUAACAGUGAUAUGUUUCUAUUUCCCACGGUUAACGAGGGUGUCAUGUGGGCAGCACAAAGACCAACCGCCUUUUACUUUUCCAUAACUGAUGUCAGGUACCCAUUAGAGCUGGGAGGCGCCCUAAAAAUUCCUGAAAGUAAAAAAUUUCAGUCUUCACCAGGAUUCGAACCGGUUCGGAAGUCAAGCGCUCUACCGCUCAGCCACCGCGCUAAGAUAUGGUGAUUUCAAUUCGCUAUACUUAGUACCUCCUACCACUACUCUGUAACGCCCCUACACUUGGCGCCUUGACGGCGUGUCAUUGGGGAAAGGUCGUCCUACAUGAGCUGAACCUAGGAUCAGGAACCGUUCAAGGAUGAAUUUGUUUAAGUACAAUUUUACUUGUAUAGGUCAGUCGAAAUGAAACGAGAGUAUGACCGAAAGAAAGUUAGUAUGAGGGCAGUUGGCAGUGUGUGGCGUGAGUUGGAAAUAUUACUGUGUAUGAGGGCAGUUGGCAGUGUGUGGCGUGAGUUGGAAAUAAUAGUUUGUGUGAGGGCAGUUGGCAGUGAGUGGCGUGAGUUGGAAAUAAUAGUUUGUGUGAGGGCAGUUGGCAGUGAGUGACGUGAGUUGGAAAUAAUAGUUUGUGUGAGGGCAGUUGGCUGUGAGUGGCGUGAGUUGGAAAUAAUAGUUUGUGUGAGGGCAGUUGGCAGUGUGUGACGUGAGUUGGAAAUAAUAGUUUGUGUGAGGGCAGUUGGCAGUGAGUGGCGUGAGUUGGAAAUAAUAGUUUGUGUGAGGGCAGUUGGCAGUGAGUGGCGUGAGUUGGAAAUAAUAGUUUGUGUGAGGGCAGUUGACAGUGAGUGACGUGAGUUGGAUAUAAUAGUGUGUGUGAGGCAGUUGGCAGUGUGUGACAUGAGUUAGAUAUAAUACUGUGUGUGUGUGAGGGCAGUUGACAGUGUGUGACAUGAGUUGGAAAUAAUAGUUUGUGUGAGGGCAGUUGACAGUGUGUGACAUGAGUUAGAUAUAAUAGUGUGUGUGAGGCAGUUGGCAGUGUGUGACAUGAGUUAGAUAUAAUAGUGUGUGUGUGAGGGCAGUUGACAGUGUGUGACAUGAGUUAGAUAUAAUAGUGUGUGUGAGGGCAGUUGGCAGUGUGUGACAUGAGUUAGAUAUAAUAGUGUGUGUGAGGGCAGUUGGCAGUGUGUGACAUGAGUUAGAUAUAAUACUGUGUGUGAGGGCAGUUGGCAGUGUGACAUGAGUUAGAUAUAAUAGUUUGAGUGAGGGCAGUUGGCAGUGUGUGACAUGAGUUAGAUAUAAUACUGUGUGUGAGGGCAGUUGGCAGUGUGUGACAUGAGUUAGAAAUAAUAAUUUGUGUGAGGGCAGUUGGCAGUGUGUGACAUGAGUUAGAUAUAAUACUGUGUGUGAGGGCAGUUGGCAGUGUGUGACAUGAGUUAGAUAUAAUACUGUGUGUGAGGGCAGUUGGCAGUGUGUGACGUGAGUUAGAUAUAAUAGUUUGAGUGAGGGCAGUUGGCAGUGUGUGACGUGAGUUAGAUAUAAUAGUGUGUGUGAGGGCAGUUGGCAGUGUGUGACGUGAGUUAGAUAUAAUAGUUUGUGUGAGGGCAGUUGGCAGUGUGUGACAUGAGUUAGAUAUAAUAGUUUGUGUGAGGACAGUUGACAGUGUGUGACAUGAGUUAGAUAUAAUAGUUUGUGUGAGGGCAGUUGGCAGUGUGUGACAUGAGUUAGAUAUAAUACUGUGUGUGAGGGCAGUUGGCAGUGUGUGACGUGAGUUAGAUAUAAUACUGUGUGUGAGGGCAGUUGGCAGUGUGUGACAUGAGUUAGAAAUAAUAAUGUGUGUGAGGGCAGUUGGCAGUGUGUGACAUGAGUUAGAAAUAAUAGUUUGUGUCAGGGCAGUUGACAGUGUGUGACAUGAGUUAGAAAUAAUAGUUUGUGUGAGGACAGUUGGCAGUGUGAGACAUGAGUUAGAAAUACUAAAGUUUAUGUUUGUCGACUCAACAGUGUUCUUACGGUGUUUUCAUAGUUACAGCAGAACCCGAAAGGGGGACGGGGGGGCUAGACCAGCGGUUCUCAACCUGUGGGUCGCGACCCCCCUUGUGGGUCGAUUGACGAUUGGCCAGGGGUCGCCUAAGACCAUCGAAAAUAUGGAUUGUUAUUGUCUAUUCUUCUAUUGCUGUGUGGGUGGGGGUCGCGGCAGAGUAGGGGAUUAUAAUAAGGGGUCGCCGAGCAAAAAAGGUUGAGAACCGCUUGGCUAGACGGUGGUAACUAGUUGAUUUAGUUUCCAUACAAUGACCUAUAGAGAGAGCUAUACCAGAGCCUGUCUUCACCCUCAACACGUCCAAUGUACUUUAUCAUGCUGAAAUCCCCAUGGAGUUUGAUACUUUUUUCUCUUUAACUGUAUCCACUUUAUGGAGGUCUCAACAAGAAUACUUCAGUCAGGAAACUCUAUUAGCUAAACAGUUUUUUUUUUAGCUCUAUCGCAGUAAGUGUGUUCAAAAGCUUCUUAAAGGCGAUACAUUUACACUUCAGUGUAAUCAACAUUAAAUCUAUUUAAAGUGUUCCUUGUAACGCGAUAUAUGUUUGAAAGAUAUAUAGAUCUAGUUUGUUGUUAGUUAUAGUUGUUACACUUUUUUCGUUUUGUAAUGAAUGCCAUUAUGCAGGGGCGGUACUUGAAAUGGGAUAACCUUUGAAACAGAAGAAAAAAUAGUUUUAGACCUCUUUAUGUAAAUCUUUGCAAUUUUUGUUUCCUAAAAGGUAAAUCACAAAAUUGCAGAGAGUAUAAAAUCUAGUUUCUUGACGUCAGGAAACGUUUGAGUGGUUAGAGAGUAAGGUUGAGAGGACGCUAACCCAUUCAUUGUGUGCAAUUUCAAUUUUAGGUCAACACAUAGCCUCGUUUUGAUGUGCGUAUAGUACACAAUAAUACUAUAAUUAUAUCAUCUAUCCUCUGGGUGUUUCGGUUUUGUACGAGUCUCUCCGAUUCUCCCUACAUCUUGCCCAUCUGCUAGCCGUCUGCUUCCAGAUUUCUGCGCCAUGUAUUCCUGGGCCGUCCCAUCUUCCUCUUUUCUUAGGGGGUUCCAUGUUAUGGCUUGCCUUGUUAUGUUGGAUGCAGGUUUGCGAAGGAGAUGGUCUAUCCAUAGCCAGCGUCUCUGAAGGGUCUUGUAAAUGGUCCUUACCGAUGGUGCUGAUGUCCUGUUGGAGACGAUGGUCUUCCAGACGACUCUGGCUUUCACCUACUAGCAUCAUGCACAUUCCAGAUGGAGGUCCAUAAUCUCCCAUGUCCACGAAGCCAGUACUUUUGCUGUUUGAGGUUUCUGCAGCUGGUAUUUUUUCAAGAGGAUUAGUCCGGCUUGGAGACGUAAAGCCCAGGAUAGAUCAGAAUGGAGAAUCAGAAUGGAGAGAUGUGUUAAAGCAGUCAAGGGCCCUUCAUGGGCUGUAGCACCACUGGAAUGCAGGGCCGGUCCAAACAAUUGCGGGGCCCUAUGCGAAACUGAUUGCGCGGGCUUAGUCUGGGUGGGAAUAAGGAUAAUAAGUGAAAAUUAAGAUUUCGUAUUAGAAAAAGAAUCGACUUCGCAUUUUAUUCAUUCGUUACUAAGUACAAACUUGCGAUCAAUUUAACUUUACUUUAUGAACCUUGCAACCUAUGGCAUAUUUAUAUGCCAUUGACUAUAAAAGUAAAUAAAGGUAUUGGAACUUUCGCUAAAAACUCGUCCGAUUAAUACAUUUUAUCACAUGAAAGCAGACAAUGCCUUUUUUAUCGCAAUUACUAUUGGCGUUUUCCGUAAUAAAUAACACCCACAAAUGACAAUUUUGUCAAUUUUUCAGGAUAUUUUUUUUACGAGUUUUCAGAUUUUAAUAAAUGCAGGACAUUUCCAGGAAUUUAUCGUAUAUAUUUUGCAAUUUAAAUAUAUAUAAUAGAAUUAGCGCGGGGCCUAUGGAAGCGAGGGGCCCACUGCGACCGCAUAGGUUGCAGUGGCCUAAGACCAGCCCUGCUGGGAUGGAUGGAUGGUUAGAUAGCUAGUUCUACGGAGCUUGGAACCUUCCUUGGUGGAAUUAGUAAUAGUAUAGAAAUUAUAAAAAACAAUUAUAAUCUUUCCUCAAUUAGUUUAUUAGCGAUACGAGUUCAUCUAUUUCAUUUUAUUGUUCAAAUUAUAUUGAAAGAAAGCUCAUUAUAACUAAAAAUGUAGAUGUUUAAUCUAUUUAAAUGUGCAUUGGUUUGAAUGAAUUAUUAUGAAAUAUUUUUGUUAUGUAUAACAUCUAGUCAAGUAAUGAUGUAUUUUAUAAGUUUCAUAUCUAAGGGGAAGAAACUGUGAUCUGUACAUACAUAAUGAAUUUUAAUAUACUAUUUAAUUUCUUAUUGUACACUUUUUUUCAAUGACAAAUAUUUAUGAAAGUCGGUUCUAUGCAUUGAUUAUAAUGUCAAACAUUUUAAGUAAGCAUAUUUAUUAAAUAAAGCAUAAUUUGUAACAGGGGGACAGCAUUUGAGAAAAUGGCCUACAAUAGCUAUUGAGAGAUGUAGAGCUAUGGUGUGGUACAGAGACCUGAUGAUGCCCCGGCAAUACGUCGCAGCCUCAGCGUGAUGCUCGGGUGGAAACGGUCGUUAGAGGAGACGAUUAUGCCAAUAGGGAAACAAAACAGAACUCCCGUUGGAGUGCCUAAGCACUGACUGCAUGGCACUUAUGUGGAUGGAAGAAAGCCCCAACAAACAUAUCAGGGAAUUUCCUCGGUUUGCUUGGCCCUUGUCCUCGCCCUUAACCCAAGCUUCUUGAGAUAUGAGCCAU